AUGAGCUUCUUAGAAGACAGCGAUCCCUGGAACAGUGAUAAUUCGGGUACAGGGCCUGUUAAUCGGAACGAAUGGGCGGAUUUGAACGCUAGCUCACUUACUUCUUCGUCAGUUUUGAAUUCCGAUGUUUUGACUUCGCGAGUUAAUGGGUUAACAUUGAACGCAGAUCAUCAAACCACUGUGGCAGAUGUAACAGAAUCUCAAGAUGCAUGGGUUGCUUCCACAGGUGGUGAUGAUACUUUCCAAAACUUUACCGACGGUUCUCAAGACGUUUAUAAAAGAGGAAACGGAUUAUUUCAAGACAAUGAGCCACAGAAUGCAACAGAAGAAGAAGGAGGAUUCGAUUUCCAAGUUUGGGCCCAAAAUUCACGUAAGAACUACAAUCCAUUGUCUGCCGAUAUAGUUCAAAUCGAAGAAAUACCUGCAAGAGAAGGUAUAUUGUUCAAACACACGAACUACAUCGUCAAACAUCUCGUUGAGCUGCCCAACACGGAUGCUCCAGAAGACCGAAGCGUGAUAAGACGGUAUUCGGAUUUUGCAUGGUUACAAGAGGUUCUGUUGAAGAAAUAUCCUUUCAGAUUGAUAACGGACCUGCCCCCAAAGAAAAUAGCGUCUCACAAUGCAGACGCCAUUUUUUUGGAGAAGAGGCGAAAGGGCCUCACGCGGUUCAUCAACAUCCUGAUGAAACAUCCGGUACUCAGCAAAGAUGAUCUGGUGUUGACUUUUUUGACAGUUCCUACGGAUUUGCUGAGUUGGCGUAAAAGGGCGAGUUACGAUACCACUGAAGAGUUCACUGACAGAAAAAUCUCUUUGUCCUUUAUAAAGAUGUGGCAUCCAAAUUUUGCCUUGGCAUGGAAUGAAGCGGACGAGUCUAUAGACAGUGCUCUGGAAGCAUGGGCUAGAAUUACAAUUCUAGUCGAAAGGCUCGAGAAACGGCAGAAGUUUAUUUCGCAAGACCGUGCUCUUAUGGCAGGUAUCGUGUCCCAGUUUCAGAGUACUGCUCCAACAUUGUAUUCGGGUGACAUUUCGACUAUGCAAGACAUAAACGGGCAUUUGAACGCAGUCGCGAAGCACCUGCAAGCCUGCAAUGAACUGAGCGAGAAAAAAAGUGAAGAAUUGUUUUUGACCGUUUCCCCCAAAUUUAAGGCAUUCAUUGACGUUCUUCUUUCUCUGAAGGGUCUCUUUGAAAGGUAUAAAGCCAUGGCAGGGAACAAUGUGCCUCAAUUGAGAAGGCGCAUUGAAGUGAAUACAGACCGAUUGGAUCAAAUGAAGGAUAAGCCUGAUAUCAGGGGUGCGGAAUAUGAUAGAGUCAAACAGUCAAUUCUGCAUGACAGAAGACUCAUAGCUGAGCAAUUAAACAGAAAUUGGCUUAUACGAGAAUGCAUUUUACAAGAGUUCACAAUUUUCCAAGAAACGCAAUAUCUCAUUACGAGCUGCUUUCAGUCGUGGAUUCGAUUAAAUAUGCAAUACAGUGAAUUAAAUGCGAACGAAUGGGAGAAGAUUUUCCAAAAUGUCUUAACAAUGCCGCUGUCCAGGAACUGA